AUGGAAUCACUCGUCUAUGAGAACUCGCCUUUGGCGGACUACCUCCAGGGGGAAGGCGAGCACGACCCAAACUGGCCUGUCAAGGAGACAGACCAUAGCGAUGAUUUCUCCGAUUCCACGGCUGCGGAUUUUGCCCCACGAGGAGUUUCAAAGUUCCAGGAGCGUAUUCGGAAUAAACUACCCAAGCCCCUUGAACGGAAAGUCUCGCGACAGCGGGCAGCUCUGGGUCGACUCUAUGAUGUCUGCACGUCUGCUCUGAACUCCCGCGUUGGACGAAGCGACAACGAAAGAUUCCUGGAACAGUUCGGCUAUGUCAUCGUUGCGUCUCAGCUGCUGAACGAACACUCUGCGCCCUCUUACACAUCAGCUGCAGAUGUGAUGUCUACGGCUCUUCCAGCAGACCUUCCGUCUAUCUCCACCACGUUUGGCAUACAAGGUGCUGUUGUCACGGCCUCGACUUCUUUCUCCGUCGCUUGGUUGUUACAUUGGAGCCGGUCUCGAACCUCGUCUGGUCUUAACCCUCGGAAAGUCGGAGUUUUGUUGGUUCUCGUGCCUGUAAUUGGGGUUCUGUUUUAUGCAUUCGCCAAGCGACAGUGGCUGAAAUAUUUGCGUCAUCAAGCUGUUGACGCAGCUGUGACUUUUAUCAGCAACGCUCAAGGGUUUGACUCUGCCGCUUCCGCAUCGGUUGUAUUCAUACAGGAAACGCAAACGCGACGAUGUCUGAGACUGCGCCGAACUGUGUCGGAGUCGUUCUAUCUCAUGCUAGGCCAGUACAUCCGGGCACAACAUACCCUACGCCCACUUACCGAUGCCACCAACCUCGCCAAGUAUUACGAUAUCUACGAUAUAUCAGAGGAGGAGCUUAUGGAGGCCCAGGCAGCGUUCGAUGAGCGAGCCACCGAAGAUCAGUACUCUCUACGCGCCCUUCGCACACUUUUCGGAAGGCUUUACAUCGUGAGAAAGAGCAUCCUCUGUUGUCUUCUCGCGCUCGGUGCGGAUGGCGGCGGGUCCGACAUUGCUAGAUGGACCAUGGCAGUUGAGCAGAUGCGGGACCUGGCCCAUGUGACCGGCGAGAACAUCCACAAGAUGACCAACAUCCUCAACGAGGACGAUCGUAAGUACCACUCCUCAACAGAAUCCACGCCAGAGCUAAUCAUCGUGCCAGGUGAUGUCAUCCCGCCUUCUCCGCUACCAACAGCUUCGCCCAACAAGGACAAUCUCCGUGCACAAUACCGAAACAUCAAUUCGCUCUCCCAGGGAAUUCGUGCGCUUCACGCAAAGAUGCAUAUCCUCAAGGAGGCAUCUAGCUCUAAUCUCGAGCGACCGGAUGCUGGUGGAUUCGAGGCGAGCCUCAUGCCCCAGUAUGAAUCGAUUGGAGCGGACAUUAGAAGCCUUCUCCAGGAGUGGGAGUCGGGCAAAUCCGCAUUGAUGAGUAGUUUGGAAAAACCCGCAAAUCCGGAAUUUUCGCGACCCUCGAGCUUUUUGAAAACACCCCUGUCACCCACACCCAGCCUUGGGGGCUCUACUGCAGUCGAGGGCAGCCCUGCAGACGCCCUUCGAGCGUUGACUGGCGAAAACACAGAUCCCAGCAUCGUUCAUACACUAGAUGAUGAGGAGGAAAUUUUUGAAGCUGUAGCUCUUCCGGCUCGGAACAAGAGGAUGUCAUUAACCCGAGAAGAACGAAUCGCGCGAGUCAAGGAAGAUAGAGCACGACAAGCAGCCGCUCGGGAGCGCACUGAUGCCAAUACAAACAUGCUCAAGGAGCUAGAAAUGGUAAUCAAGCAACGACCUCGUACCACGAUAGCUGCGAAACAUUGUAUGCUAACAACUAUUUCAGUGCUUGAAGCUCGCCUAGAACAAGCCAGUCUCCUGAAGCGUGUCGUCGACGCCAUCAAGGACCUGGUCCAAGACUGCAACUUCGACUGCAAUGACUCCGGUAUCUCACUUCAGGCCAUGGACAACUCCCAUGUCGCUCUCGUCUCCAUGAUGCUCAAGGCCGAGGGAUUCUCCCCCUACCGUUGCGACCGUAACAUUGCCCUCGGUAUCAACCUGGUCUCCCUGACCAAGGUCCUGCGUGCCGCCCAAAACGAAGACAUACUCACUCUCAAGGCUGAGGACUCUCCCGAUGCCGUCAACCUGAUGUUCGAAAGUGCCGAGACGGAUAGACUUAGCGAGUAUGAUAUCAAGUUGAUGGACAUUGACCAGGAGCACCUGGCCAUCCCGGAGACAGAGUACGCUGCUACGGUAGAGAUGCCGGCAGCAGAGUUCCAGCGUAUCUGCAGGGAUCUGAAUGCUCUCUCUGAGUCCGUUGUCAUUGAGGCCACGAAGGAGGGUGUCAAGUUCUCCUGCCAGGGUGACAUUGGCAGUGGCUCCGUCACCGUCCGUCAGCACACCAACGUCGAGAACCCCGCACAGAACGUCUCCAUCUCCCUCACCGAACCCGUCGCCCUCACCUUCUCCCUCAAGUACCUCGUCAACUUCUGCAAGGCUACCAACCUGUCGAACAAGGUCACCCUGUGCCUGUCGCAGGAGGUGCCGCUCCUCGUUGAGUAUGGCCUUGGUAGCGGUCAUCUGAGAUUCUACCUGGCUCCUAAGGUACGAUGA